AUGGAUGCAUCAGAGAGACCAUUAACUAAUCUGAUAGGUAACCUCAGAUCCUGGAUCCCUCGGAGGUCUGAGCCUGCUAAUGUGUCGAGGGAUUUUUGGAUGCCCGAUCAGAGUUGCAGGGUAUGCUACGAGUGUGAUACCCAGUUUACCUUAUUCAACCGAAGACACCAUUGCAGACUUUGUGGCCGAGUUUUCUGUGCCAAGUGUACUCAUAAUUGGAUCCCUGCUAGACCCAGUACUCAAUACAUAAUCAGGGAAGAAUCAGAAAAGAUCAGGGCUUGUAAUUACUGCUUCAAGCAAUGGCAGCAAGGUGGGUUAGCUGGUUCCGUUGAUCAUGGAAUCCAAGAUUCCAGUCUUGAUCUCAGCACCUCACCAUCAGCUGUCAGUCUCAUUAGCACCAAAUCUAGUGGCACUGUUGACAGUAGCAGCAUUGCUUUUACAUCUGUGCCACAAUCAGUCUGCUCUUAUAACCAUUACUCUACUGGAGUUACUUCGCACCAAUCCGUUGUAAUGGAGUCAAAUCUAGACGAGCAGAAUGAACUAGCAGCAAGGAGCAAUGAACUGUUUCUUGAUGCGGGAACUCGGUCUCCUAGUGGUGAUGACUUUGAUGAAGAAUUUGCUUAUCAGCUAGCUACCAGUGGAGGACAUGUUUUGCAGAUGGAUAAUGGCUAUUAUGACGAAUUACAAAUGGAUGAUAUGGAUACCAACUAUGAAUCUCAUAAAGUCAACCCUGAUGCAGAACCUCAUGAUGUAACAAGUGUUAGCAGUUGUUCCUUACAAACUGCUUUUGAUCAUACUGUCUCUGAGGCAGUCCAGCUUGAGAAAAAAGAGGAUACACAUACGCAUACACAUGCACGUAAUGUUAGUGAUGACUGUGAAGCUUCUUCAUCUUCUUUAUACGUUGCACAAGAUGUGCCUGAACCUGUAGAUUUUGAGAACAAUGGAGUCCUGUGGCUACCUCCUGAACCGGAAGACGAAGAAGAUGAGAGGGAAUCUCUUUUAUUUGAUGACGAUGAUGAUGAUGGAGAUGCUGCUGCUGGAGAGUGGGGGAGUUCAAGCAAUUUAGGAAGUGGGGAGUGUCGCAAUAGGGAGAAGUCAAAUGAAGAACACAAGAAAUCCAUGAAGAAUGUAGUUGAUGGACACUUCAGGGCUUUAGUAUCUCAGUUGUUGCAGGUUGAAAACCUUCUUGCAAGUGAGGAAGAUGAGAAAGAUAGUUGGUUAGAGAUAAUAACAUCUUUGUCUUGGGAAGCUGCAUCUUUGUUAAAGCCAGACACAAGUAAAGGUGGAGGGAUGGACCCCGGAGGUUAUGUGAAGAUUAAAUGUUUGGCUUCAGGGCGUCGCACUGACAGUAUUGUGAUUAAAGGGGUUGUUUGUAAGAAAAAUGUGGCUCAUAGACGGAUGGCAUCAAGAAUUGAGAGGCCUCGUUUCUUGAUUCUUGGAGGGGCUCUUGAAUAUCAACGUGUUUCUAACCACCUGUCAAGUUUCGAUACUUUGUUACAACAGGAAAUGGAUCAUUUAAAGAUGGCUGUGGCAAAGAUAGAUGCUCACCAGCCUGAUGUACUUUUGGUGGAGAAAUCAGUAUCACGAUAUGCACAAGAUUAUCUUCUUGCAAAAAACAUAUCUCUUGUUUUAAACAUCAAAAGACCACUUCUGGAACGAAUAGCCCGAUGCACAGGUGCUCAAAUAGUUCCAUCAAUCGAUCAUCUUUCAUCUCAGAAGCUGGGAUGUGCAGAUAUGUUUCAUGUUGAAAGAUUCCUGGAAGAACAUGGAAGUGCUGGACAGGGUGGAAAGAAGCUAGUCAAGACACUCAUGUACUUUGAAGGCUGUCCAAAACCGUUUGGUUGCACUAUAUUACUGAGAGGGGCGAGUGGUGAUGAGUUAAAGAAAGUGAAGCAUGUUGUUCAGUAUGGAGUUUUUGCUGCUUAUCAUUUGGCUUUAGAGACUUCUUUUCUUGCUGACGAAGGCGCCUCACUGCCCGAACUGCCCUUGAAUUCUACCCUAACCGUAGCACUUCCUGACAAAGCAUCUUGUAUCGACAGGUCAAUUUCAACAAUCCCUGGUUUCACCACCCCUGUGAGUGAGAAACCUCAGGUGAAUGUAAAUGUAAAUCACUCCUACCCUGAGCCACAACAAGUGAACAGUGUCUCCAUGUCAGAAAUGUUCUCUACCAUCAUUAACCAAAAAUCAGAAGCAAAACAGUUCCCCUUGGAAGGGGUGGUGGACCCCACUGCUUCUAGGGCACUCGGGCCUAUAAGUACACAUCUUGUUGGAGACUGUUUUGAGCCUCCACAGGCACAAGGUGAGGGUAGUUUAUCCCAUGCUGCUUCAGAUGCAUCAUCUCUGCAAUUGGAUGUAAAGAAUGGAAAAGAGGAUUCCUCUACUUCAAAGGAAGAGUUCCCUCCUUCACCUUCUGAUCACCAAAGCAUUUUGGUUUCCUUGUCAUCCAGAUGUGUCUGGAAGGGGACAGUUUGUGAGAGGUCCCACUUAUUUCGCAUCAAAUAUUACGGGAACUUUGAUAAACCACUUGGACGCUUUCUCAGAGAUGACUUGUUUGACCAAGGUUACAGCUGUCGUUCAUGUGAGAUGCCUGCAGAAGCACAUGUGCAGUGUUAUACACAUAGACAAGGAACCCUAACCAUAUCUGUGAAGAAGCUGCCCGAAUUUUUACUGCCCGGAGAAAAGGAAGGUAAGAUUUGGAUGUGGCACAGGUGUUUGAGAUGCCCCCGGACUAGCGGUUUUCCACCUGCAACUCGUAGAAUAGUGAUGUCAGAUGCUGCUUGGGGUUUAUCAUUCGGGAAAUUCUUGGAGCUCAGUUUCUCAAACCAUGCUGCUGCUAGUAGGGUUGCAAGCUGUGGUCAUUCUCUACAUCGCGAUUGUCUACGCUUUUAUGGAUUUGGGAAAAUGGUUGCUUGCUUUCGUUAUGCAUCAAUUGACGUCCAUUCUGUCUUCCUUCCUCCUCAUAAACUUGAUUUCAAAUACGAGAAUCAGGAGUGGAUUCAACAUGAAGUGGAUGAGGUUGUGUACCGGUCGGAGCUACUAUUUUCAGAAAUUUUCAACUCCCUGAGUCGAAUGGCAGAAAAGAAAAAUGGCCAUGGGACAGGGUCGGUUAAUGGUGUGACAAGAAUCCCACAAUUAAAACGACAAAUUGCAGAUUUGGAAGUUAUGUUACGAAAGGAAAAAACAGAGUUUGAGGAGUCGCUGAAAAAGAUUUUACAUCACGAGGUGAAAAAGGGACAGCCGAUAAUUGAUAUUCUUGAAAUCAACAGACUGCGUAGGCAGCUUCUCUUUCAAUCUUACAUGUGGGACCACCGUCUGGUGUAUGCAUCAAAUGUUGACACCAAUAGCCCCCGGUCCAACCUCAAUGAUUUUGAAUCCGAACAUGUGGAUAUUAAUAAUAAUAACAACAAUAAAGUUGUGGAUUCAUGUAAUGUUUCGGAUGUUGGGGACAUUCACAACCAUGAAAAUGUUGAAGAGGAUAUGAAUCAAAGUCCAACAGAAGGAAACGAGCCAAGUCUAUUUUCUGAACCAUCCAUAUCUUCAAAUCCAGGUGUGCGUAGAGCCAUUUCAGAAGGACAGUUUCCUGUUAUGGCAAGUUUAUCAGACACUCUAGAAGCUGCCUGGACAGGUAACCUUCAAAAGGAUACAGCUUCUGUGUUAUCUGAUUCAGACUUAACAGAAUCUUCACUACUCGAGAAAGGUGUAGAAGAUCAAAGCUGUGGGACAAAAACGUCACUUGUAUCUCCUGUUUUCUCAAACAAAGGCUCUGAAAUGAUGGAAGAUUCAACGAGUUGGUUGGGUAUGCCAUUUUUGAACUUCUAUCGCUCUUUAAACAAAAACUUCACAACCACUUCCGAAAAACUCGACACCCUCAACGGUUAUAAUCCCGUGUACAUCUCGUCUUUUCGCGAAUCAGAACUCCAAGGUGGGGCCCGCUUGCUUUUAGCCGUGGGCGUAAAUGACACUGUCAUCCCUGUGUAUGAUGACGAACCCACAAGCAUCAUAUCGUACGCGUUGAUUUCCCCUGAUUAUAUCGCGCAAGUGUCUGAUGACGAUUCCAUCUAUUCACAAUCUGCUGACUCAUCGGCAUUCCAAUCCUUUAGCAACUUCGAUGGAAUGGCAUUGGAAUCUUUCAGGAGUUUGGGAGAUGAUGGGAUUCUCUCCAUAUCCAUGUCUGGGUCCCGUGCUUCCCUAAUGUCUUCGGAUCCCUUAUCGCAUACAAAGUCUUUGCAUACCAGAGUGGAGUUCACAGAUGACAGUCCUCUUGGGAAAGUGAAAUAUGCAGUGACUACUUAUUAUGCGAAAAGGUUUGAAGCUUUGAGGCGGAUAUGUUGUCCUUCUGAGAUGGAUUAUAUACGGUCUUUAAGCAGGUGUAAAAAGUGGGGUGCACAGGGUGGUAAAAGCAAUGUGUUUUUUGCAAAAACAUUAGAUGAUCGGUUCAUUAUCAAACAAGUUACAAAGACAGAACUCGAAUCCUUCAUAAAAUUCGCUCCUGCUUACUUCAAGUAUUUAUCCGAAUCAAUUGGCACUGGAAGUCCUACAUGCCUUGCAAAGAUUUUAGGCAUUUAUCAGGUGGUGACUAAGCAUAUGAAAGGAGGGAGAGAAACGAAAAUGGAUGUGUUGAUUAUGGAGAAUCUUUUAUAUGGAAGGAAUUUAACACGGCUUUAUGAUUUAAAAGGAUCAUCAAGAUCACGUUAUAAUCCGGAUUGUAAUGGAAGCAAUAAAGUUUUACUUGAUCAGAAUUUAAUCGAAGCCAUGCCAACUUCUCCUAUAUUUGUUGGAAACAAAGCAAAACGAUUGCUUGAAAGAGCUGUCUGGAACGAUACAGCUUUUCUUGCUUCUGUUGAUGUUAUGGACUAUUCUUUGUUGGUUGGGAUUGAUGAAGAAAAACACGAACUCGUUCUUGGGAUUAUCGACUUCAUGAGACAGUAUACGUGGGAUAAACAUCUAGAAACGUGGGUGAAAGCUUCCGGAAUCUUGGGUGGGCCCAAGAAUGCCUCCCCAACCGUAAUUUCACCAAAACAAUAUAAGAAAAGAUUCAGGAAAGCAAUGACAACUUACUUUCUGAUGGUCCCUGAUCAAUGGUCUCCUCCUACUGUUAUACGCUCAAUAUCCCAAACUGAUCUAUCUCUAUCUCUAUCUCUAUCUCUAUCUGAAGAAAACAACACCACCCAAACCCAAACUGGAGAUUAAUUUUCACUUUUUACCCCUUUUAAAUUAUAUUUUUUGAAAUUCAUUUGGGGGUGUUAUAUAUUGUUUUAUUAUUUAACAUUCCAAAUAUAGUUUUUUUCUUUUUGUAAAUUACUGUCAUAUUAUUGUUUGUAU